AUGUCUUCAGCGACUACAACUUCGACAGCCACAGCUGCUCCUCCUGGCCGCCCCAAUCCUAGCACUGUGGCCGAGCAUCUGCAGGGAUCGUCGGAAUCGUGGCAUGGCCAGAUAACUCCAGAUGGGCCUUUCCCUCCACAGCAGGGCCGUUACCACAUGUACAUCGGACUCUUCUGCCCGUUUGCGCACCGAGCAAAUCUCGUGCGCCAUCUCAAGGGCUUGACAGACCUGAUAGACAUCUCCGUCGUCAAACCGUACCCCAAGGGCGAUGAGCACGGAUGGCCCGGGUGGCAGUUCCCCAAAUCCGACGACGAGUACCCCAACGCCACGGUCGACAAGCUCUUCGGCAGCCUGUAUCUGCACGAGGUCUACUUCAAGGCCGAUCCAGGGUACAAGGGACGCUAUUCUGUGCCGGUCCUGUGGGACAAGGACACCGGCACGAUCGUGAACAAUGAGAGCCCGGAAUUGAUGAGGAACUUGCAGGUGGCCUUCAACUCUCUUCUUCCGGAGGAAUAUGCCAACGUCACGCUGUACCCGGAGCACCUGCGCGGCAAGAUCGACGAGGUGAGUGAAUGGAUGCAGAGGGACUUGAAUACCGGCGUGUACAAGGCCGGAUUCGCGCCGAACCAGGAACAGUACGACAAGAACGUCCCCGUGGUGUUUGCGGCACUGAACAAAUUGGAAAAGAUGGUUGCACAGAACGACGGACCGUACAUCCUGGGUAAAGACCUAACCGAGUUGGAUAUCAGGGCCUACGCCACGAUCGUGCGCUUUGAUACCGUGUACGUACAGCAUUUCAAAUGCAACCUAGGCACGAUCCGACACGAUUACCCGCAGUUGAACAAUUGGCUGAAGAACCUGUACUGGAAUGUCAAGGGAUUCAGGGAGACGACCGACUUCAAGCACAUCAAGGAGAACUAUACCAAGAGCCAUGGAGAUAUCAACCCCAAGGCCAUCACACCCAUGGGUCCCUAUCCUGAUGUUGAAGAGGGCUUUGAGCCGGAUCACACCAGGGUCAGGGUUGGUGGUGUCUCCAUGCCCAGGGUGGUGGAGCUGGAAAAGCAACUGCCGGGAUGA